GACAUUAACGGGGAUUUCGGAGGACACUUUCGUAAAAUGGGCCUCCCCAUGGCCAUUGGCGCCUCCUAAUCGUUCAAUUUCCAAAACCAACGAACUCAGCGGACGACAGACGGAGCGAGAGAGAGUUUUCCUCCGAUGUGUGGAGGAAGAAAAGCCGUUUCCCGUUUUUCCCGCUUCCCAAACAUUUGCCCGCCACGCAGAUGGAAAAUCUCCUCUCUCUCUCUCUCUCUCUCUCUCUCUCUCUCUCUGUCCCUCUGUCUCUCCCUCUCUGUCCCUCUGUCUCUCCCUCUCUUUCUCAUUUUCGGAGAAAGGAGGAGGAAAAGAAAACAGAAUCUGGAAAGUGGAAAGUGCAGGGCUUCUUCCGGAGGAUUUCCGAUGUUUUGGUCUCAUCAUCAGUCUAAGAUCAUAGUAGCUGAGGUUUGCACCGUCGGCGGAUUUCAGUCUCUGAGGAAAAUACACCUACAUGAGCAAGUAUGAAGCCACACAAGGUUUAGCUUCAUCCUAAGAAAAAUUGCUGGCCAGCGUAGGUCAGACAUGGAUACAACUGGGCAUCAGCUGAUGGGUGGUUCCUUGUGAUAGGUGCAGCGGCACAAAAAACUAAAUGGCUACUUUUGUGGAUAUAUGCGUUUCAGCAGCUAUCAAUAUUCUUUCAGCUUUUGCUUUCCUUCUUGCUUUUGCAGUUUUACGGUUGCAGCCAGCUAAUGAUAGAGUGUAUUUUCCAAAAUGGUACCUUAAUGGGUUACGAAGUAGCCCUAGACACUCUGGAACUUUUGUAACAAGAUUUGUUAAUUUGGAUCUCAAGACGUACAUAAGGUUUUUAAGUUGGAUGUCAGAAGCACUAAGAAUGCCAGAGCUUGAGCUUAUUGAUCAUGCAGGACUUGACUCUGUUGUAUACCUGCGAAUUUACGUGGUUGGGUUGAAAAUAUUUGUGCCUCUCUCAGUGUUGUCCAUUCUUGUCUUAGUACCUACCAAUUGGACUAGUGGGACAUUAGAUGACUCCAAAAUUUUUACAUAUAGUAAUAUUGACAAGCUUUCAUUAGCCAAUGUUUCUUCAGGGUCCAAAAGGUUCUGGGUUCAUCUUGUAAUGUGCUACAUAUGCACAUGGUGGACAUGUUAUGUACUUUUCAAAGAAUAUGAAAUCAUAUCUGCUAUGAGAUUGCGUUUUCUUGCAUCAGAAAAACGUCGACCAGAUCAGUUCACAGUUUUGGUUCGAAAUGUUCCUCCAGAUCCUGAUGAAUCUAUCAGUGAACAUGUGGAGCAUUUCUUUUGUGUGAAUCAUCCAGAUCACUAUCUCACUCAUCAGGUUGUGUAUAAUGCAAAUCAACUUGCUAAAAUAGUGAGCAAGAAGAAGAGUUUACAGAAUUCUCUUGAUUACUGUAACAUCAAACUUGCCCGAGAUCCAGCAAAAAGGCCUACAAAGAAGAAAGGCUUUUUAGGUCUUUUUGGGGAUACUGUGGAUGCUAUUGAUUUUUACACAGAAGAGAUUGAUGCAUUGUCUAAAGAGGAAGCUGAGGCAAGGCAACAAGUUAUAACUGACCCAAAUGCAAUUAUGCCUGCUGCAUUUGUUUCAUUUAAGUCUCGAUGGGGCGCAGCAGUUUGUGCACAAACUCAGCAAUCAAGCAAUCCAACUAUUUGGCUAACGGAGUGGGCUCCAGAGCCCCGUGAUGUUUACUGGAAUAAUCUUGCAAUACCAUUUGUUGAACUAGCAGUUCGCCGGCUAAUCAUCUCUGUUGCAGUCUUCUUUCUUACAUUUUUUUUUAUGAUCCCAAUUGCUUUUGUGCAAUCUCUUGCCAGCAUCGAGGGGAUUGAAAAGGUUUUUCCUUUUCUAAAGCCAAUAAUAAAACAGAAGGCUAUCAAGUCCGUUGUUCAAGGUGUUCUUCCUGGGAUUGCAUUGAAGAUAUUUCUGAUCAUUCUUCCAUCGAUACUCAUGACAAUGUCCAGGAUUGAAGGCCAUAUAUCACUAUCAGCAUUAGAAAGGCGAUGUGCUGCUAAAUAUUAUGUUUUUGUUAUGGUCAAUGUAUUCCUUGGGAGCAUAAUAACUGGAUCAGCAUUUGAACAGCUUAACCAAUUCAUGAAUCAGUCUGCAAACGAAAUUCCAAGGACAAUUGGAGUGGCUGUUCCUAUGAAGGCAACAUUUUUCAUAACUUAUAUCAUGGUUGAUGGCUGGGCAGGAAUUGCUAUGGAGGUUUUGAGGCUAAAGCCUUUGGUAAUAUAUCACUUAAAAAAUACUCUAAUUGUGAGAACAGAGAAGGAUAGAGAGGAAGCCAUGAAUCCAGGAAAUCUGGGAUUUGCCAUAUCUGAGCCACGAUUGCAGCUUUAUUUUUUACUUGGUCUUGUGUAUGCCGUCAUUACUCCCAUCCUACUUCCUUUCAUAGUUGUCUUCUUUGGUCUAGCCUAUUUGGUGUUCCGUCAUCAGGUUAUAAAUGUCUACAACCAAGAAUAUGAGAGUGGAGCGGCAUUUUGGCCAGAUGUCCAUCUCCGUAUCAUCAUUGGUUUGAUAAUAUCACAGCUUCUCUUCAUGGGAUUGAUGAGUACAAAGGGUACCUCUCAAUCGACCCCGCUCUUAAUUGUACUUCCAGUAGUAACCAUUUGGUUCCACAUAUACUGCAAGAAUCGGUUCGAGGCUGCGUUUGUGAAAUUUCCUUUGCAGGAGGCUAUGGUGAAAGAUACAGUGGAGAGAGCUGUAGAACCAAAUCUGAAUCUCAAACGCUACCUCCAUUAUGCAUACAUCCAUCCAGUUUUCAAGGAUGAUGACUGGGACCGGCCAGUGGCACUCUGCGAUGAAGAGAUGAACCCACUGGUCCCUACUUUACGGACUUCUCAGAGGACAACACCUGUUCUAAGCAAAGUUGGCUCUCGAUUGGCUUCUGAACCUGAGCCCUGAAGUGGAAAUUAAUGUUCUCACUGGACGAGUCACAUUACUUCUGUGCAGGUCUCAUACUCGAGCCUCAUUGGCUUCCCGUUGUUGAGAGUAAUUUAUCGGCAUGUUAAGGGAAGAGAUACUUUUGUCCCAUUGGCACUGACGAGACCAUCUUUUGUAGUUAUGGCCGAUUAGGGAGAAGGCUUGCAUUUCUGUCUGCUUACUACUCUCCCUCUCUCUCUCUCUCUCUGGUGUAGUUCAACUGGGAUGCAUGGAAUUGAUUGAAAUAGUGAAUUGCUGCUGAGGCUAACGACAAUCAUGAAAGUGAAUUAUGUCAAUUGGUUCUACAUAUAGUGAGCAAAAUCAUGAACAUACGAUUCAAUGAUGUUGUAUGCUGAUUAGUUCGCAGUUUCCUUCGUAAUCUUUUGUCUUCCUUGUU